AUGCCGAUCUGGCCAGCCUCAAUACAGACUUUAAUACCAGUUGCAAAGGCCAGGGAUGAUCCGGAUCCUGAAGAAGCAGCCGUUGAGCGUGUUGAGCAGAGUGGCCAGGACAGGACUCCUUGGGUCGUUGGAAACCAUGCGCCGUCCUUAUCUCAGCAGCUAUUAGCGCGCUCCAUUGGACGAACACCGCGCCUGCGAUUCCUGAUCAGCUAUUAUGCUGAAGUGAUUGCGCCAAUGAUCGUUGCGUUCGAUGGGCCGACCAAUCCGUUUCGCACGUACGUUCUGCGAUUAGCGCAGGAAAGCGCAUCGCUUCAAGAAGCUAUAGCAACUUUGUCUCUGUGCAAUAUGCGUCAGAGACGAGAACGGGGCACAAGGUCUACCGAGCGUACCCUGCCCGCACGAAUGUCAUCAUUGGCUCACCAGGCUUUGACGGAGGCAUCCUUGAACACCCAGGCUGGUAUUGAUGUCCCCAAAGUUUCGGCGCGCGAGGAGCAUCUUCACAGAAGUAUGGCGGUCAAGGCGUUGAAUGGAGAAUUGGCUGAUCCGCGACAACGGCUAUCGGACUCGGUGCUCGCGACUUUACUCGUCUUAUGCCUCUUCCAUGGAUGUGACACGGGGGUCGCGCAAUUCAAGACCCAGUUCGCUGGUGUGACCAAGUUGUUGGCCAUUCGGCUAUGCAACGGCACCGCCCAUGUGACCGAAGAAUUGAAAUGGUUUAUUCGCAUGUUCACCUGGCUCGACACUAUGACGGCCACCACGAACGACCGGGAUAUCCAACUUCGGGGAGCUUGUCUAGACAUAACCGCAAUUUCGGAUGGCGAAUGGGGGCUUGAAAAUCUGGCUGGAUGUAAUGCCAGUCUGUUCAAACUCAUUGCGCAGCUUGGUCGCCUGAAUCUCCUCAGUCGAAACCAAGAUACGCAGACCUCGGUAUCUCCUGAAGUCCAUGCCCCAUCAACCACCGUUCCUCCCCAUAUCGCGUACAGCUCAACGAGUACACCGGGUAUGCCUUCCGAGUCGUUUACGAGGUUCAUUCCUUCACAGGCGGGGGACUCCAGCUCAGCUCCGACUUCUCCCUUGUUCUGGGCCGAAUGGCACUGCCUGCGGCAGAAGCUUGAAUCGUGGAGGUUUGACUCGGGGCGGCGAGAAUCAUCGUCUCCCCACCAUGCGACGACCUACAUCUCGCCACCGUCAUCUCCUCCGAGCCAAUCCAGGGUGGCGCCGCAGCAUCUGGAUGAUGUGAUUCAUAUUUCUGAAUCCUUUCGCCACGCCGCGAUUCUCUACAGCGAGCGACUUGCUCAUCCCGAUUUGCCGUCUGGCCACCCUCGUAUCCAGCAAAUUGUGCAAUGGACAAUGACUCACAUUCUGGCCGUCCAGUGUGAUGCGUAUCUCCUGUGGCCGCUGUUCAUCACGGGCUCCGAGUGCGUGCGGUCCAGCCACCGGGCGAUCAUCCGGGAGCGGUGUCUGUAUCUCUCCAAGGAUUCCGGGUUUAUCAACAAUCUGACCUGUCUGGAACUCUUGGAAAAGAUAUGGGCGGGAAGUCCUCCCGCAUCCGAGACUGGGGAUCCCUACAACAGCGGCGCAGCAGCAGGUCUCGGCAACCAGCACCUGAAGGCAAACGCGAGCCUGGCGGACGAUAUGGGCGGCUGGAGUGGUCUCUCUACGGAGGCCCCGCUGCCUCCUUCACGCAGACAGGGAUUCCGGUGGCACGAGGUGAUGCAGGUCAAACGGGAAGAAGGCGAAUAUAUGAUCGUGUAA